GAGGCGGGGCCGGGGCCAAGAUAGGGAUCGGGAUCGGGGCCGAUCCCGCCGGUCCCGCAGGGCGGCGGCGAUGGCGUACGACGAGCGGCUGGCCCGCUUCCGCCAGGCCCACCUCAACCCCUUCGACAAGGCCCCCGAGGAGGCCGAGCGCCCCGACGGGGGGGACCCCGCUCCAGCCCCGCGGCCGGAUCCGUCCCCGGAGGACCCCGAGGGCGCCCUGGACCUGGGCCUGGCCGAGGACCACUUCUCCCGCCCCGUGGGCCUGAUCCUGGCGCCGGACGUGGGGCAGCUGUGCCAGGCCAUCGAGGAGUGCAAGCGGCUGAUCCUGGCGCUGCCGGAGCACUCGGAGCGGCAGAAGGACGCGGUGGUGCGGCUCAUCCACCUCCGCCUCAAGCUGCAGGAGCUGAAGGAUCCCGACGAGGAUGAGCCCAACAUCCGGGUGGUCCUGGAGCAUCGCUUCUACAAGGAGAAGAGCAAGAGCGUGAAGCAGAUGUGUGACAAGUGCAGCGCCAUCAUCUGGGGCCUCAUCCAGACCUGGUACACCUGCACAGGCUGCUACUACCGGUGUCACAGCAAGUGCCUGCCACUGGUGAGCCGGCCCUGUGUGCGGGCCAAGGUCAGCCACCAGGCCGAGUACCAGCUCAGCAUAUGCCCCGAGAGCGGGCUGGACAGCCAGGACUACCGCUGCGCCGAGUGCCGUGCCCCCGUCUCCCUCCGGGGGGUGCCCAGCGAGGCCCGGCAGUGUGACUACACCGGCCUCUACUACUGCAGCGGCUGCCACUGGAACGACCUGGCCGUGGUGCCCGCCCGCGCCAUCCACAACUGGGACUUCCAGCCCCGCAAGGUGUCGCGGUGCAGCAUGCGGUACCUGGCACUGAUGGUGUCGCGGCCGGUGCUGAGGCUGCGGGAGAUCAACCCGCUGCUCUUCAACUACGUGGAGGAGCUGGUGGAGAUCCGGAAGCUGCGCCAGGACAUCCUGCUGAUGAAGCCCUACUUCAUCACCUGCAAAGAGGCAAUGGAGGCGCGGCUGCUGCUGCAGCUGCAGGACCGCCAGCACUUUGUGGAGAACGACGAGAUGUACUCACUGCAGGACCUGAUCGACAUUGAAGCCGGACGCCUGAGCUGUUCCCUGACAGAGAUCCACACCCUCUUUGCCAAACACAUCAAACUGGAUUGCGAGCGUUGCCAAGCCAAAGGUUUCGUCUGCGAGCUCUGCAAGGAAGGUGAUGUCCUCUUCCCUUUCGACAGCCACACCUCCGUCUGUACCGACUGCUCCGCCGUUUUCCAUCGGGACUGCUACUAUGACAACUCCACCACUUGCCCCAAAUGUGCCCGGUUGAGCUUGCGGAAACAAUCCCUCUUCCAGGAAUCUGGUACCGAGGCGGAGAUUUAAGCCAGGUGAUGGUGGUGGGGCUACUGGUUGCCCACCCACACUUGCCACAAGGCUUGGGACAGAG